AUGUCUGAAACAAAGAAAAAAAAAACCGACUAUAUCGGAAGAAUUCAAAACAAUGAAAAAUUUCCUCCUUCCGUUGCUCCAGUGAUAAGUAUUACCGGAUUUAAUGUGGAAGAGUGGAAAAUUUAUAAUGAAAAUAUUCUUGAAAGAAAAAGGCAAACUAAGAUCGACCUAGACUGGGCUGAGGUUUAUAGUAAAUUUAUUAUGUUUAAGUCGAUUUAUGAUUCUAUCAAAACACAAACGUUUGUUGCUGAAAAUCUAAAGAUUAAAGAAAUCAAUAAAAUGAUCAAACAAGCAAUUUCUGAAUCAAUGUUCUCGGAAAUAUCAAAAUUGAGAAAAAUUUAUGAAUUUACUGUGAUUGUUAUAGAAAAUGAAAAUAUUAAUUUAGAAAAUUUUCUUGUAAAAAUACGAGAUUUAAACAUUACUUUAAAUUCUCUUCAGGAAAUUAAUAGAGAUGACUUCUUGACUUUACUUAUCGCUAUCAUUGAAAAAAAAUAA